CGUAGUCGUCACCACUGGUUUCCACCACCAUCAAUAGUCUUACCAGAACAAGGGCUACCAGUCCCAUCCACUAGCUGGCCGGAACAACCACCGGAGGAGGAGGAGGAAUUGGUUGUGACCCGAAUACCCCUGUGUUGAACCGGAAAUCGAGGAGACAUUGUAGACGCAGUAGAUGCAUAGAUGUGAUGGCACUACUAUUAAGGUUCAGCACUGGCUCAAUCAAUUAUGCGAAAAACUCAGUGAAUGUCUUUGCUUUGUCUUGGACUAAAAUAAGUGGAUUGCACACUCUCACUCUACAUGCUAGAGCAUAUAACUCCAGUGAAGCUGGUACACAUAAGAAGUUCCCUUCCAAGUCUUGUCCAUUAAGGUAUGGCGCUGCAAAGAUUCAAGAAUAUGCUUUCAAUCUUUUUCAAGCUGGAUUGCAUGAGUACUUGGGGCCAUAUGGGAUUAUGGGUCAAGAAGUCAACAUACUAAAUGGGGAUAACAUAUCUAUCCAUUUCAGCAAGUAAAAUCGUUGCUAUUCAAUCUGGAACAUGCUCAAUCAUGAAAUACUUUCAUGGCCAAAGAAAAUAUAGUUCUGUCACCAACAGUGGAAGCUUUACGGAAUUCAUUUCAACUGAGCCAUACACUGAGUUGCAUGAGAAUGCCUGCUUUCAGUCUGGUUUGCAUCAAGAAGUGCAGGAAAUGGCCACAGGAAGAGACCAGGUUUAUGAUACUCCAGGCACGAGAUGAGUUAACUCGAGAAACUUCACCAUUGUCAUUGGAAGGUGUUCAUUCAAGGACUGCCGCCUCUAUACUCAAGAAUGACAUGCCUAAUUUGGAACAACAGGAACACAGAAGGAACACAAUGAAGGACAAGGGCACAUAUUCGAUAUUGAAAUAUCUCAAAAGCUCUAGCCCCUCUUGCUCUUUCGCAAAAAGAGUAGUGGACUGGAAGAGUCCAAGAUGCCAAAGCUUCAUUAUUGUUAGGUGGUGGCGUAGGAUCUGUUAUCGGUAGCUGUUCAGAGUUUAAUGAUGCUGUUCUGCCCCAAGAAAAUCCUCCUGCUGAGCUUGGGAGCAGUAAUGGCAGGCAUAGCUCAGGUCAACAUGAACGAAGAAGAAAAGCAUGGAGUUACAAUAUCAAUGAAAUUGACCAAUCUGUUAUCGAUGAGUUACCACUAGAACUCCAGGUGGAAAUUCGUGCUGCACUUCGGCCUCAUAAGCAACCUAAUAUAGCUAAACGAGGCUCAAUCAUUUCUCAUUAUUUCUCACCUACUAAAAAUUCGUAGGCAGUGCAGCCGAAUGAAACUAGCUUGUACGUAUAGUUUUGUUGCUUUUCAAUUAGUGUAGAUCAAUUGACUUCCUGAUGUAGGUGGAUUUUGGUUAAUUUAGUCAGAAUGAUGGAAUGUAGAAAAUCAGGAAAAAUCGUGGAGUCUCGAGUAUUUGAUGUAAAUUAAGGAACUGAUAAUCUACUCUGUUAGAAGUAAGAAGUUGUAAAAUUUGAAGAAACACAAGCCACAAAUAGUGCAUUUGUUACAA